GACUCUAAAGCAGCCCUGUCAGAGUGAGAGGGACUGUGGGCGUGAAUGUAGCGGCACACCUUUCAUCCGGGUUAAGGGCUCCGACUACACUUGAAUUGGAGUAAGAAGGUUUCGGAAAAAUGGAAAAAUAUUUCAAUUAACCAUCGCUGUGGUUCCGAUCGUGACAUUAAUAAGGCGAGAACCAAAUAUUUCAAUCAUCUCUUUGUAUAUAAAACAUGAAAAUGAGUUACGAUCUCUAAGGCGGCACCUGAAUUAAUAAGUCUACACUCGGAAACGAAACUUAACCACACAGAUUGGAAUCUUUAAAGAGACUUAAAUGGCCGAGAUAAGUUCAUGGACAUGGAGUUUUCUCUCCUUUAUUAUAAACACAGUACGAUUUUUGAUAGACUGUGCUUUAAGAUUGAGAAGAUGCCUGCUUUCUGUGUUUUUAAAGUCUUCCACUAAUAGACUAUCACUGUACUACAAAGGAUUCCUUAAAGACCUGGACCCUAAAGACAUACAGGAUAAAGCACACAUUUUAGGAAUACAAUCUGACGUGAUACCAGGUGAUUUGACAAAAAUUGCAGAUCUUUUUCAUGAGUUAAUUUUUGAAGAGACCUUUAUAAUACCAUCAGAAAUUUGGUUCUCUUGGGAUUGGCUUGUUUUUAAAGAAAUGAAAGUCAUGAAACCCAUAAAGAAAAAAGUUCACAUUUUUGACACGCAGUUGGGAGAUUCUGGUGGGUUUAAAGUGGUGGUCGUGGGAUUUAAAGAUGAUGUUUAUCAAGUGAGGCAGAAAAUAUUGGACUUUUUGAACAAUCAAAGUACUACAAGUAAGUUGGUCUUAUUUGGGAAAGGAAAAAAUGAGUUGCUGAGUUUUUUCUUACAAAUGCCUCAACUUUCCAAGCCAAUGGUAUUAGCUGAAGGAUUAAGUUUGAUAUAUAAAGUUUGCGAGUCAGGGAUUGAAAUAACUGGAACUAAUGCAAAUGUACAGCGAGCUACAAGAGAGAUACAAAAAGAAAUCAGUAAGAGGUCUGCACAUUCACAGAGUAAAAACUCAGGGAUAAAGACAAGUGUGGAGCCAUUCAAAAAUUUUAAAGUUGUUGUUUGCAGUGGCUAUGACAAUACAAUCCAUCUUAGUUCAGAAUCACUUAUAGUCCAAAACAGUGGUCAUGAAAUACUUUUUGAUGGGAAGGACCCAGGAGUGGUUGCUGGUGAAUUGAGUGAGAUUACUCUUACAGUAAAAGAAGGAUUAUCUAAACUUGGAAAACUGCAAAGUGUGAUCAGACUUCAUUGGCAGUGCAAGUCCAUUAAGAACAACCACACUGAAGUUCUGGAGGCUGCUGUCAUCAAAGCCCUGGAGUAUGUUAAGACACAAGGUCAGACAUCAGUGUCAAUAUAUUGCCCACUGGAUAAGGACCUUAACACAUCAAUUCAAGCUGCGACUGUGGCAGCUGCACUGGAAGGGUUUUGCAAAGCUCAGUCAUAUUUGUUUGUUUCUGCACUGUCUGUGUUUAUUGUCUGCCCCAAUGAGACUGAAUGGGCCAAUAUCAUGAAGAAAAAUCUGGAAAUAGUUUGGGCUUGCUCUAACAGUAAACAAAAUGGCAUGCAAGAGGUCAUACCUGUGAUUCCCCAGAAUAUCUCUGUGAGGCUGGUGAGUGGAACUUUGGAAGAAAAUCAGGUGCAAGCCAUUGUUGUUCCAGUCACGGUUUCUGCAAGGACUAAUUCCAUCAAGCUGUCCUCCUUAUGCACUCAUAAACCCAGUUGUAACCUGGAGGAACUCCUGCAGAUCCAGUCUUCUUGUCUGGUUGAUAAGCUGCUGAAAGGGCAGAUUAUUCCAGUGACCUGCAGGGGUUCUGGGCUGCUAUGUGAAUAUCUGUAUCUUAUGGAGGUGCAAGACGACUGGAGGGAUCCUGUUGAGAAACUCAGGGGUCUCAUGUACAAGUUUGCAACUUUGAGUCACCGCCUGCUUCUCACUUCCUUGGCCGUUCCAGUUCUUGACCUCAGUCGACACAAGGUGCAAUCAUCUCAAGUGGUGAAAUGGCUGCUUGAGGGCCUAAAGAUGUUUGAACGGGAGACGUCAUUUUCUUGGCUACAUUCUGUCUGGCUUGUUCUCAGUCCUGACUGUACAGAUUUCAGUUUGGUGAAGCAAGGCAUUAAUAGAUCAGAAGAACCACUUGGAAUUUGCUUUGCAGAUCAUCCAUUUUUCAUUCAAUAUUUGCAAGACUCCAAACAAGCAUUUAUGGAAAUAUCUUUGAAGUUGAAAAAGACAAGUUCCAGUUUUUCAAUAUUUAAAAUGUCAAAAAAAUGCUGCCUUUCAGUAUCUCCCCGAGGAUAUGUCUCGGGUGGUAUGUCUUUGUCAAAAUGGAAGACAGAGCAAGGAAAAGUUUAUAAUUCCUUAAGGUCGAGAUACAGUGUAAAGAGUCACUAUAUUCCUAAUUUAACACAAGUGGAAAAGUAUGAGCCAGCGUUAAAAAAGCUGCAGUCUGUUAAAGUCUCCGAACAUGAAAGAUGUGUGGUCGGUUUAACAGAGGAGGUCAAUAAAUAUAUCCAGAUAGCGGACUUGAAUCGGCAUGUGAAAGAAACUUUCUCAAAUAAAAUAUGGGGUGAUCUCUCUGAAAAAGCAAUUCAACACGUUGCUAAAGAUUUACAGCUGGAACUGGUCACUCAUUUUCCUGGAGUCAUAGCUUUACAAGAUAAGAUGAAGCCACCAAACACUAUAUUUCAGGGACCUUAUAAAAGCAUGUACUCUGCAAUAGAUGUCUUUAUGAAGUUGAUCUCUAAAGCCUUGCUCUGUGUUUUCCUCUCCGACAAGUUAUCAGAUUAUAAAUGUUCCUUUUUGAAAAGUUGGAAUUUAAGUGUUUUAUCUCAGACACUUUUUCAUGCAAGAAACAUCAGGGCUACUCUGAAAGUGCAACAUAGUUGCCUAAUUAUACAAGGUGGCUCCUUUGAGGACAACCAACGGGCGAUGGAGGUUCUAAAUGAUGACAUUUAUGAGACAGAAAUCAGAAUUAGUCAUGCAAGCCAAGCAUCAACUAUGGGAGUAAAGUGGAGCAAACAGUUGAAAGACAUUUCAUAUACGUUUAACAAAAGUCAGAAAAAAGUUGAGAUACACACCAUUCCACAUGAAGAUAACAUAAACAUAAAAGUAUUGCUUGUGGGAUUUAAAACAGAAGUCCAUGCUGCCAAAUGCAUACUCGAUCAAUAUUUCCAUGAUAACACAGACAUAAAAGGCAUUGUAGAGUUUAAACAACCACACUUAGUUGAAGCAAGUCAUCGGAUUGUGGAAAUCAUUGAAGAAAAGAACUUAUUGGGUGUUAAACUGGAAGUCAACAUCUAUACAAACUCCAAGGUAGAAAUCAUCCUGACUGGUCCCAGAAGUGAAGUUCACAAAGCUCAAGAGAUUCUAAAAAGAGACCUGAAUUCUGUAGUCGUGAAAUCAAUGAAGAUUGAGGGUUUAGGAGCUGCUCAUUAUUUCCAAGAUCCUAAAACUACAGAAAUCCUAAAGGCUGUUGGAUCGGCCUACUUCUGCAUUAUUACAGUAAGGACACAACAGUCCAUAGCACCAAGACGACUUGAAGACGAAAAGAAUCAUCCUCUUGGCGAAAUAUAUAAAGGUUUGACAGAACCAGCAGAAAUUUUCCUUAUGGGACGACCAGUUAACGUUGACAAUGCCGUAAAAGCUCUCCCAAGUCACUUUAGAGAUUGUCACACAGCAAAGUUCAUAUGUGACUCACGGAUUGAAAAACUUACCCCAGAUGAACUACAUGCAGUUACAAAAGAUUUGGGCAUCAUGCUUCAUCGUGGAGAUGGGGGCCUUUCAUUGGAAGGGUUGAAAACUCAUGUUGAUGAGGCACAGACUCGCCUUGAAGACAUACUAAAAACGAAAGAUACCAUUUUGAAUGCAGGUUUUGGUCAAAUGAAUGAUAUUCUGCAGAUGACUCCCUGUUUCCAAAACUCUGCAGUGCUUUGGAAUGCCAGAGCUGAUCUGCCAUUCUAUCCUGUAACUGAAUACACCUUACCUAGCCCCUCAUCAUUAUACAGUUCUUUCCUGUGUCAUUAUCCGGACACUUGUCGUUCAUUCAACACAACAGAUGGAUUACAGAGUCAUUAUUGGCAGAUGCACACGCCUGAAGGGACAGCCAAAUGCAGUAAAUGUGGAAAAGAGAGCACCAAGAGUGGCAUUAUCCAACAUGAGAAGACAUGCAUGGGAAACUCAUUCUCUUAUAUUCCUAAAGCAACACCAUCACCUAACAUUCAAAGUAUGCAGCAUGAUUCUGGUCUGGGCACUGUGUCUGACGGAUUGUCUUUCAUUACACCCAACAUUUCAACUCCUGUUACUCCCUUUGAUAACCUGGGCUUUGACCUCAAGCCAAAAAGCUUAUUCUACAACUCAACUUUUCAUUCUGAUCCUGUAAUUGAAUACACCUUACCUAUCUCCUCAUCAUUACAAAGUUCUUUCCUGUGCCAAUAUCCGGACUGUUGUCGUUCAUUCGACACAUCAAAUGGAUUACAGAGUCAUUAUAGGCAGAUGCACACGCCUGAAGAGAGUGCCAAAUGCAGUAAAUGUGGAAAAGAGAGCACCAAGAGUGGCAUCACGCAACAUGAGAAGACAUGCAUGGGAAACUCAUUCUCUAGUAUUCCUAAAGCAACACCAUCACCUAUCCUUCAAAGUAUGCAGCAUGAUUCUGGUCUGGGCACUGUGUCUGACGGAUUGUCUUUCAUUACACCCAACAUUUCAACUCCUGUUACUCCUGUUGGUAAUCUGGGCUUUGACCUCAAGCCAAAAAGCUUAUUUUACAACUCAGCUUUUCAUUCUGAUCCUGUAACUGAAUACUCCUUACCUAUCCCCUCAUCAUUACAAAGUUCUUUCCUGUGCCGUUAUCCGGACUGUUGUCGUUCAUUCGACACAUCAAAUGGAUUACAGAGUCAUUAUAGGCAGAUGCACACACCUGAAGGGAGAGCCAAAUGCAGUAAAUGUGGAAAAGAGAGCACCAAGAGUGGCAUCACGCAACAUGAGAAGACAUGCAUGGGAAACUCAUUCUCUUAUAUUCCUAAAGCAACACCAUCACCUAACAUUCAAAGUAUGCAGCAUGAUUCGGGUCUGGGCACUGUGUCUGACGGAUUGUCUUUCAUUACACCCAACAUUUCAACUCCUGUUACUCCCGUUGAUAACCUGGGCUUUGACCUCAAGCCAAAAAGCUUAUUCUACAACUCAGCUUUUCAUUCUGAUGCUGUAACUGAAUACACCUUACCUAUCUCCUCAUCAUUACAAAGUUCUUUCCUGUGCCAAUAUCCGGACUGUUGUCGUUCAUUCGACACAUCAAAUGGAUUACAGAGUCAUUAUAGGCAGAUGCACACGCCUGAAGAGAGUGCCAAAUGCAGUAAAUGUGGAAAAGAGAGCACCAAGAGUGGCAUCACGCAACAUGAGAAGACAUGCAUGGGAAACUCAUUCUCUAGUAUUCCUAAAGCAACACCAUCACCUAUCCUUCAAAGUAUGCAGCAUGAUUCCGGUCUGGGCACUAUGUCUGACAGAUUGUCUUUCAUUACACCCAUCAGUUUUGGUAUUCUUGGCUUUGACCUCAAGCCAAAAAGCUUAUUCAACAAUUCAACUUUUCAUUCUGGUAUAAAACAAAGCAAUACCAUUAGCUAUACCCCAACUUACACUAAAGCUUUCGCUUGCUUUUGUGGGAGGUCUUUUGACACCCAGCGUGGACUGAGCAGUCAUCAUACGCAGAUACAUACGGCAAGUGGAAGAGCGAGGUGCUACAUCUGUGGCUUAGAGAGCACUAAAAGUGGCAUCACGAGGCACAAGUGUAAGAAAAGAUAAACGUGUGCCCUGAGAGGACUGCAGCAAGCUCUGUCCGAACACUUCUGAAGACUCUCUGUCACGUCGCUCACUCGGAGUGGGCACAGUAAACAUAAGAAGAUGUUUGAUGAUCUGUAGAUCUUUAAUAUUAAGGGUACGCUCCAAAUUAAUUGUGUGUUACUAUAGGUUUUAUAUAUUAAAAACAAAAAGAGACAAAUAUUAGAAAAUCGUGUGUGUGUCCAAAUUAUAUUUAUACUAAUUACAUAUAAAAUUAAGGUGAUAAUAGGAUUUUAUACAAUUUUUAUAUUAUUGGAUGUACUGAAGAACUGUUUUGAGAUAAAAUAGGAAUGUAAAAAUCCAAAAGUGUAAUAAAAGGUAGCAAAAUUUUAAUCCAUCCAUCCAUCCAUUUUCUAACCCGCUGAAUCCGAACACAGGGUCACGAGGGUCCGCUGGAGCCAA